GGCCGCGAUCUCCCAAAGACGAAAGUUGUGAUGUCUGUUCUGCUAUUAAAAAAGUGAUUGUGAAACUUCAUUGAGAAAUUUUAUUGCAUUAUUAAAGCAUUGUUAGCAAGAGAACGUAUGCAGAUUAGCUGAAGGAUACAGAAGUUUCAUUUAACAUUAUGUGUAAAAUCUAGGGAACAGUGUCUCAGUGACAAAACACUGUUUAUAACCUGUUUACAAAAAAAUAAAUAUAUUCGAAUUCUCAUAUCAGUUUGUGAGUUAAAAAUAAAGAUAGUUAAUUGUGGAGCCGUACGUUGAUUUAGUGCGAAAUGCGAAUGAUAUUGGGUUUGCGUCAAACAACCUGUUAAAUAGUGCACUGAACUUAUUGUUUACAAUUUUUUUCAAAAAUCCUGAUCCCACUUGGCAAUCAGAAUACACAAUUCCAGUUGAAAUGAAGACUAGAAAAACUCACUUGGAUAACGUUCAAUGACCAAGUCGAUCUUAUAGACUUCGUGUUGACGAAUUAAUUGUUUUAAACGACUUUUAUGAAAGAUUUUUCGUUGAGGUUAUGUGCAGUUACGGGGUACUGUGAAUUGUCGGGAUUUUGUGCGAUGUGAUGGGACAGUGACUGGUCGGCAGCGACACGCUGGAUCGAGGGAUCCCUGGUCCAGGGGGUUGCUUAGACGGCGGUGGGAACGUUCCCCCGGGGCCCCCCGUCGUCCCCCAGCCCCCAGGACUGUCCGGUCUUCAUAACAGUGAAGUUACUCCUAAGCAGGCCUUAGUGGAAAGACUUCGUCGUCGCAUGGAGGGCUACCGUAGAAGACAGAGCGACUGUAUGCCGCGGUUCGACCAAUCGUUCACCGGCCACUGUGAGCAAAAUAUGCAAGACACGCUGCAGCUGAAGCAGCGCUACUUGGACGCAAAGGCGAAGAGAGUACCUAAGACCAAAGCCGAGAAGAAGCACCAGGAUUCGUCGAUUCAAAGUAGUGUACAUGUGCAACAAAAGUUCCUGAAAAGAUCCGCCGACGAGCUGGACCCCGGCGGGGCUCCCAACGAGAGUUUCGAACCGCCCGUGAAGCUGCAGUGCUCCAACGAAGGGCUCACCAAGUUUUCCGUGGAGAUCGUCCAGCAACUGGAGUUUACGACCUCGGCGGCCAGCUCCCAGCCCCAGCAGAUUUCCACCAACGUCACCGUCAAGACGCACGCCAAUGCGUCGGUCAAGAGCGACGUUUCGUCCCCCAAAGCCAAUCCGGAUCAUCAGAAGACCACUUCCUCCUCAAAUAUUGGUCUGGACGUCGGCACUUUGGUAGAAUGCGUGAAGCAGGAACCCGACAACGAUUUCGCCGACUUGGACCAAUGCGCAGCCGCGCUAGAAAAGGAUGCCGCCGCGAACGGAGGCGCCGGCUUCGGGGGAUUCCCCGAUCUGAUCGGUGACGACACCAACGACGAGAUCAUCUCGUCGGCCACCUUCAAGGAUCUCAUCUCCGAUAUCUCGAAUUAUCACGACUACGAACUCAUGAAAGACUUCGAUUUCGAAGACAAGCUCGACAUCAAGGUCGAGGAUAUCAAAAACAUUCCCACGUCUCAGGAAUCCAAAACCACGACGUCUAGCCCUCUCCUGCAACAAAACAACCCCCGAAUGCCUUCCUACCCCAGUAUGGACUUUACUAAGACUGAGCUGAGCCCGGCCGCACAAACCUUGAAGCAGAUGGCGGAGCAGCACCAACACAAAAACCAAAUGGGGCUCUCCUUCACCGCCGCGAGGUCGCCCUACGGAGAGUUCCAGUUCCAGGGCAGCGAUUACGGCAGCCCGAACUCGAUUCACAAGAACAGCCCCACGUUCCCGCAGCCUGACAUGAUCAAACAGGAGAUGAUCUUCCAGGGUAACGAAUACGACAUGAAACGCAAAAAUCCCGGCAUAUACAAGCAGCAGUAUUCGCCGUAUAGUAGCCCGAGUGCGAGUAGUCACGGCAGUCCGGGAUAUUUGCCGCGCAGUAGUACCGGACCGACGAACAAUUCCGGAGCUUUCGGAGGUGGUACUCCUCCGAGACCUCCUUCGGGACCUGGCGGUGGAAACAACCAAAAUUCCGGUACCACCAACGUUCAAAUCAACCAAGCGCAGCAGUUAAAUAUCAGUCAACAGAACCAUGGACAUACCAUACAGGUAUCUGCUGGCCAACAUGUUCACCUCACUGGCGAUAUCAAGGGCAACGUCUCUAUCGCCACCCAGCAAGGUAUGCACUUCACCCAACAAUCAUCCCAGAGUAACUCAAACCAGAAUCAACAAAGCACAAACGCCAAUCAACCCAGUCCGAUGUCGAAUCCCCAACAUCAAAACUCACCCAUGUCCAACGGAGUUCCUAACCAGAGUCCGAUGGGACAUUCGGCAGGAAAUCAGAUGUCUGGAGGCAACAUGCAAAUGUCUGGAGGACAGAUGGGGCAGAAUAUGCAAGGACCUGGAGGGAUGUCUUCGUCUGGUAAUAUGGCAGGAAAUGACAAUAUGAGCAAUAAUAUGACAGGACCCGGUAAUAUGGGUAUGCCCAGUAGCAACAUGGGACCAGGAAAUGGAGGAAACGGUUUAGGAGGCAUGAAUAGCAAUAUGGGUGGAUCCGGUGGCCUGCCCGGACCUAUGGGUGGUAUGCAGCAUCAUCCUAUGCACAACGUUGGAGGCAUGGGGGGCCACAACGAUACCUAUUCCAUGUCACAAACACAGACCAUCAACUUCACUCAACAAACGCUCAGAAGAGCCGGAGCUCAAGGAGUACCAAAUCCAAUGGGACCGAACGGUCCAAUGGGCCCCUCUCCGUCCGGACCUAAUGUGGGUAACCAGCCCGGUCCAGGACCGGGUAUGGGACCUCGUCUGAUGACGGCGCAAUCUUUAGAACAACAGAAACUGUUGCACCAGCAGCAGAUGUUGCGCGCACAACAGCAACAAGCCGCGAUGCAACAGCACAUGGUCAGACCACCUCCACCAGACUACAAGACCAGCGCGGGCAUGAUGCAAGGCAUGCAGCCGCGGUACGCCACUCCGGCGCCUCCUCCGAAUAUGAGGAGAAUGCCCAUGCAGCCUAUGCCUCCCUCGGGGCCAAUGAUGAGAUCAAACAUGUAUAUGAUGCAACAACCUCAACAACAAGUACCACCGCAGCAGAUGCCUCAGAGGGCAGCCUUGUACGCCAGGCAGCAAGGCCCGAUCGCUGGCAUGGAAUCUAUGCAACACAACACGGAAUGGAGGCAUUUGUUGAUGAGUCAGCAGCAGAAUUCCAGCUUUACUUCUAUGAGACCCCAAUUCCAGCAAGGUUUCGGCAUGAAUACCAACAACAUGCAGCAGAUGUCUGCGUUGCAGCACCAACAACAGCUCCGAAACCAGCAGGCUAUGGUAUCCGGCGGAGGUGUGGUCGGUAGCCAGGCUGGUAUGGGACCUGGCAUGAGCCAGGCUCAAGUUAUAGGCCAGGCGAACAAUCCCAUGGCCCAGAUGAAUAAUAUGAAUCAAGCUAUGCUGCACAUGCAACAGCAGCAGCAGCAACAUUCGAUGAUGCAGCAAAAUUCACACAUGGCCAUGUCGAACCUCCACCUGCAGCAAUCCCAGUCCAUAUCCAUAUCGAACCAGUCUCUUCAGCAGUCCCAACAGCAACAGAACCUCUCGCUCGGCGGACAGAUGAACAGCAUCGUCCCUUCGGCCAACUCGGCCCAAAACUCACAGAACGCGUUGGCUUCUGCUUUCAAUCCUCAGGCGGAUUUCAAUUUCGAAUUUUUAGACAAUUUAGCCGCCGCCGAUGGCACCACGUUCUCCGAUCAGGAACUGCUCAGUUCUUUCGACAGUGACCCCGGGUUUAAUUUGGAUUUUUAAACGGUUAGCAUCCUUUGAAGAUAUUGAAAUGCGUCUUGAGUUGGUUUUUCCGCUCUGUAUGAGUACAGCACGUGCAUGGUGCAUCUUUCCAUAAAAGCUAAUAGACCAAGAGGCAGCGCAAAAAUCUCUUUGAAUUUACUAAAGCUACAUUUUUCACAGUUGAUUACUGUGAGUGUG